ACACAUACAAAAAAUUACUAUUUUAUGUGAAUUAACUCCGCCUGUACUUCGCGGGUUUUCAAUUUCCUCCACCGAGGGGUGGCACUCCACAAUUAACCGCGAAAAACGAUGGAUCACUGUAUUCAAACCGUUUUGUUUUUUUAAGUAAUUUUGAACGAUCCUUCCACUGUCCAAUAGGAUGGCUACAAUCCACUACGUCAUGUCUUUUUGCGCCAAUCAUUUCAGUGUACUGUCAAGAAAUAUCAUGUGAGGUUGACUCGUGAUUUUCCACUGAACGUGCGAACGUGCUUUCCAUGCGCUGAAAUAGACCGGAAACAAAUAAACGUGUUUAAAAAUAAAUGUUUUUAGUCGAUUAAUAUCAAUAUUGAACAAACAAAAACGGUAUACAUUUGUUGUCUUUGAUAUAAUGACGUUAAAACAACCGUGUAGUUAAUUUGGAAAAGCUAUUGAUUGCGUUUGAUCAUUUUUUUCUAAUAUUUUUCGAGUUUUUUGCUUUUAAAUGCUUUCCAUCAUAUAUUUUCGCGUUACAAUUUCGGAAAUGAUGAAUAAUCUCUUCGCUUGAAUUAAAAAUAGAAUGAUAAUAAUGAUAAUAUCAGACGAGAACUUUCGUGCUCGGGUUUUAUUUUGAAAACCCUAAGCAGAAGUUGCUGUCGAUUUUAACACUUGACCCCAGUUGUUUGACAGGUCCAAGAUGAACAAUGUAAACCCAGGAAGACCAGUUGCGAGAUUAUUGCUCCAAUAUCCAUAAAACCGUAUGGAAAAGAAGUGCCCGACUCGCUCCGUGUCCUUCGGGCCGAAGCUGAUGUCUUCUCCGCCGAGACGCAACCGUCGACACCCGGCGUCCGAUAGUCAACAUUUUUCGGGGGAUGAAUGCUCGUGCGUUUCGUGAACGUCAAUAUUAUUAACGCGCAAAAAUGAGGAUUUUAACGUCUCUGUUGAAGAACACCAACCCCAAAGUGGAGUAUUAUUCCAGGUUCUCACCGUCUCCGCUCUCCAUCAAGCAGUUUUUGGAUUUUGGCAGGGAGAAUGCAUGUGAGAAAACGUCAUACAUGUUCCUGCGAAAGGAACUGCCGGUGCGUUUGGCCAACACCAUGCGAGAGGUCAACUUGCUGCCCGACAAGCUACUCAGUCAGCCAUCUGUCCGUCUGGUUCAAAAAUGGUACAUGCAGAGCUUUGUGGAGCUGCUCGAUUACGAGAACAGAAAGCCGGAGGAUCCGCAUGCUCUGAAUGACUUCCUGGAGCUGUUGAUCGAGAUCCGGAACCGUCACAACGACGUGGUUCCGACCAUGGCGCAGGGCGUCAUCGAAUACAAAGAGAAGUUCGGCUUCGACCCUUUCGUCAGCAGCAACGUACAAUAUUUUCUCGACCGCUUUUACACCAAUCGGAUCUCCUUCCGCAUGCUCAUCAAUCAGCACACUCUACUGUUCGGUAAUGACACCAACCCAGCUCAUCCCAAGCACAUCGGAAGUAUUGAUCCGACUUGCUGUGUGGCCGAAGUUGUCAGUGAUGCAUAUGACACGGCUAAAAUGCUGUGUGAGAAAUACUACUUGGCUGCUCCUGAGCUCCACAUUGAAGAGUUUAACAUCAAGACCCAAAAGUCAAUCCAGGUCGUGUACGUGCCCUCUCAUCUGUUCCACAUGCUUUUUGAGCUGUUCAAGAACUCAAUGAGAGCCACAGUGGAGCUUCAUGAGAAUAGCAUAGAAGGAUUACCACCUGUGAAAGCAAAAGUCACUCUUGGUAAAGAGGAUCUGUCCAUAAAGAUCAGUGACAGAGGAGGAGGAGUUCCUCUCAGGAAGAUUGACCGCCUUUUCAACUACAUGUACUCUACUGCCCCGACGCCCAGCCUAGAGCCAGGAGCUGUCCCUCUGGCUGGUUUUGGCUACGGUUUACCCAUUUCGAGGCUCUACGCUCGAUACUUCCAAGGGGAUCUGAAGCUCUACUCCAUGGAGGGUGUGGGCACUGAUGCCGUUAUCUAUUUAAAGGCCCUGUCGAGCGAAUCCUUCGAGCGGCUUCCCGUUUUCAACAAAUCAGCGUGGCGACACUACACCACCAGCCCCGAAGCGGACGAUUGGAGCAACCCGAGCAAAGAACCGCGUGACGCCAGCAAGUCCAAAUACAAGACCAACAGAUAACUGUACACUCCUUUGCGAAUUACCAGUGUAGCAUCACACUGUCGUUAUAUAGCGGUGGGGAAAAAAAAGUCUUAUUUCUCUUAACUCCAUUUAUUAAGUACCGGUGACGCCUGUUCAAAUUUCUUUGUGUAUUGCGUGUUGUUGAGCCUACCUCAUUUUCGCAAUGGCUCCCUGCGCCUCAGUGAGUCAUCAGUAUCUCAUCGUCAUUCAAAGGGCGUUUUGGCUUCUCUUCUCGAGUUGCAAGGGUGGCGAUCUUUCUUUGGGAGAUACUUUUGACCGGGCACAGUAGUCGUAGAGUCUUGUUUCAGCCUGGUAGCAAAAAUAUUAACAACAAAGACGAUAUUUUGCUUUCCAAAUAGACUCAGACGAAGCCUUACUACUGUAUAACCCCUAGCAAAAAGUAUGGAAUCACCAGUCUCGGACGAGCACUCACUCAGACAU